CAAUUAUGUGGUUAAGAGGAUGUUUUUCAAACUUAUUUCUACGACGAAUACGAGGUCCCCGAUAUUUUCACGAUUCCGUUGGAGCAACCAUUAAGUCAGACACCAGUUUUCAGGAAGUAGAUUUCGCUAACCAUAAUGGUAUAUUACCGCAAGCGCCCGUAAAACUUCAAGCCGUUAACCCUUUACCAAAAGUGAUUGAGGCCAUCUACUAUGAUUUCGUGACGAAUGAACCGUUAGGAAUGAAAAAUCUGGAUCGACAAGUCUUUGGUGCGCCCAUAAGAGUUGACAUAUUGCAAAGGGUGGCGACAUGGCAACGUGACGCUUUACGACAGGGAACGCAUAAAACGAAAACUCGAGGGGAAGUGAGUGGAACAGGUAAAAAAUGGGCGCCACAAAAAGGAAGGGGAAAGGCAAGAGUUGGUAGUCAUCGCGUGCCUCAUUGGAGAGGAGGUGGUGUUGCUCAUGGGCCUAGGCCACGUUCGUAUGCAACCGAUCUUCCACGUCAGAUUCAAGUUCUGGGAGUACGCACCGCACUCGCGACCAAAUAUGUGCAAAAUCAACUUGUACUAGUGGAGAACUUUAAGCUGAACACUCACAAAACAAAGGAAUUACUAGAGAUUUUGGAUAAAAAUGCGUGGGAUCCCCUAGCAGAAGAGCGGGUUCAAGGUCAUUCAAUAUUGUUCAUGAGUAAGGACCACCAAUUGAAUUUGGAUCUCGCUUCGAGAAAUCUGCAACGAGUACACGCGUUAACCGCUGAAGAAAUUUUUGACGCCGGUGACGUUUAUAAUAUCAUGGGUCACGAAAUAUUAAUGCUGGAUUUGGAAGCGGUAGAUGUAAUGGAGGAGGCGCUGAAGUUUAUUUAA